GUUUGAGUAGGGCGGCACUGGCGGGACCGCUGCUGGGAUUUUGGAGCGCCGUGAUUUCGAUCGCAGCUAGCUGCGGCGCUGCGAGCCGAGGUAAGCGAUUGCUCGAUCUACACAUUAGGCUGGUCUGGAUUUGCAGCGAGGAGCAAUGGAAGAGGCAGCAUCGCUACAGACGCCUGUGUUUUGCUGGGACGGUGAUGAAGAGAGGUUUGCCAUGGAGAGAGUUCAUGGCGUGAAUGACUUUGUCGACGAGGAUCAAACCAAGUUUAGCACCAUGGACGAAGAUAAUGGCGACGAUGACUGGAGAGCUCUGGCGGCAUCGCAGCCUCCGCCCGAGCCAGUGGUGGAGGCCACAGAGAUAGAUCCAGCACCGCCACCGGAGUCUAACGUGAACGCCCAUCCAUCGCCGCAACAGCUCGCAGUUCCUGCUGCUGCUACGCAACACGUGCAGCACACGCAGGUAGCGGACAUUAGAAUCAUGCGCUUCACUCGGAAGCGAACUCCAAACCAGCGGGGACGCAGGCAUCCGGCGCUGGUGAUGAAGCAGGAAGAUCUGCUGGAGAAGUUUCCAAUACUUAAGCAUUUGCAGCAGCAAGAACAGCAAGAGCAGAAGGAAAAAGAGGCGGUCGCUGCGAAAGGCAAGGAGGGAGUGACUGCUGCUGGCUCGAAGAAGGUGGAGGCUGGCUCUAAGCAACCGGUGGCGGAGACCAAGGCAAAGGCGGGCCCUGACGCUGCAGACAAUGUCGUGAAAGGUCAGAGGUCUGUGCUAGCGAGACAAAUCGAAGCCGACAAGAAAACUAUCCGGCCAAAGCAGCAGCUGCAGCAAAAGGUGGAGGAUCAGCAACAGAACAAGAAGCAAAAAUCUCUCGCCUUCCAAAAGUCGAGGAACAUCAUUAACAAAAGGAUCAACGCCGAGUCUGCCAAGACGGAGCCUGCUCUCGAGGUGGAGUGCUCAGAGGUUGUGGCGAUGCAAGCAAAGCAGAAGGCUGUAGCGGUAGAGUUCAAGGCACUCCGCGAAGAAAUUCGUCCUCUUAUUUCUAGUCCCGAGGAGGAAGGACUCAAGGGAGUGCCAUCAAAUCUGCAAGAGCGAUGGAUUGAGCUCCACUGCAAGCACCUGCGCUCCAACUUCGAUUACCAUUUUGCUGUGACGCAGCAUUUUUUGUGCCAUCCUCCUUUGGGCCAGUGCAAGGCAGGACAUGCAACACCGCAGAACUAAGGCAAGUCAAUCUCCACUGCUUUGGAGUGACAGUUUUCCGUUUGGUUGCUAUUUUCCAGAAGCAUGCUUGUCAACAUUUGUAAAUCCACUUCAAAUGGUAAACUCAUACUUUCGUCUUAUUUACUUCCUCGCUCCAGGAUUGCCAAAGCCAUUUUGACGUGACGUGCUGGAACAUAAGGUUCCUUCGGAAGAAAUCUCUCUUCCAGCCGUUUAAACAGUGCCUCGACCAGAUCUGGAGUUUUCAGCAUACUCUUGAGGAGUCGGAGCUUUCCCUCCUCCAGCCUCAACUUUGGCCUUGACGCUGGCGUAUGUUGGCAUUGGACACUUGAGUUCUUCGAGCUGCAAGAUAGUGAAAACAUCGCCAGAGUCGCUGACGGCCUUGGCAAUCUCGUCCAGAGUCCGGUGGUAGGCCGGAAUAUUGAAGGAGUCACGAGUUUCUUCAUCAAUCAAUCCCUGUGCAAAGCAAAGCGGGCAGGUUACCAUCCAGCCGAGAGAACAAUCCUCGCCUCCCGUUUGCUCCGCAGGAUCGCUGCUCGAUCUUAUGCUUACGAAGAAGGUGACGAGGCCGCCAGGGACAGUCUCUUCAGCUCGACAAGCCAAGUAGCGGCAGAGAUCUUCGUGGGCUUGCGACGCGAACGCUCGAGCAACCUCUGGUGCUGAUCCUCCAGCAGUGAUUCUUCCAGCGUUCCAGGACGAAGAUCUUCUGUCAGCCACGGCCGCUGGAACCUGAAAGAGCAAGAGCAACGAGCUCGAUCAGCAAUUCAUCCAAGAUCGCGAAACAUCAUCUCAAGGAACAAAGAACUUUAGAGAUGAGAAA